AUGGCAACAUCAGACAGAUUGCCACGGACCACAAUUGGGCUGGGACUACCGCUGGAGACAUAUAAUAAUUUUCAACAUGAUUCCCUUACAGUGCCACCCCAAUUCUCGGACUCUACGAGCAUCGGUUCAUCUGAGAAUGUUGCCAUGAAAGGGAAAAAAAGAGCUGAUUCUCAGCAUGCCAGUCGACCUAAAGCCUACUCGUCCUCCUCUCACAAGACUUACAGUACGCAAAACACACAUUCGACAAGUGGCACCCAACCUCAAAAUCGUGCAGCCCAAAGAGAAGUUCGCUCGCUCCCUUCUUGGAUAGACUCAUAUGAAGAGGGCGACGGCCCCGUUCCGUUACAACCUAAAAGAGUUUCCACCCCUUCGCGAGUACAUCCAGCACAGCAUAAUUAUACCCCAACUCAAUCCUCACAGAGAAUUUCCCUCGAUGGAUACAUUGACUCCGAUGAUGAUAUGUACAAUGCCAUAAGCGAUAAGAAGGUGGAGACGGGCUUCUUUGGGGGCUUGCGCGAACCGGUUAGGGGUAGGAAAUGGGAUCAUGCUAGAGAUGCUGAACCUGUCAUCAUAAGAUCUGGGGUACAACCGAAUGCUGCCGUAUGGCGAACCUUUGUCAAGGCAUCUACGUAUGGUGUGCCCGAAGGAGAGGACCACAAACUGGUUGACCAAGCCUUCCUAAACGACCUGACUCCUGGCUACAACAGACCAUGGUGCGGGGAUCUUGAGAAAGGAGAUGGUGGCGACGAGGACAACCUCACGUCUCUCAUAUACAAUAAGAAGAAACGGGAAACUUUCGUAAAACGCGUGCAGCAAACCAUUCUCAUGAAUCCUUAUGUUCCCCUCAUUUUUCGACUCAUUGUGCUUACAACUUCUAUCAUCGCCUUGAGCAUUGCCGGAUCGGUUCAUCAUCUUUCGAAUAAAUACUCAUAUUCUCAAAGUCCAUCCACAACUAUGGCAAUUGUUGUAGACGUAAUUGCUAUUCCGUAUACUCUCUACAUUACCUGGGAUGAAUAUACGGGCAAGCCCUUGGGCCUUCGGGCACCGAAAGCAAAAAUUCGACUCGUUCUUUUAGAUCUCUUUUUCAUUAUCCUCGAAGCUUCCAAUUUGACCUUAGCUUUUGAUGCGAUAUCAGACAGCAACGGGAGCUGCAAAAUCGGAAACACCGGGUAUAAUGGUGUGGUUUGCCAUAGAGCUAAGACGCUCUGUGCUAUAAUAACGAUAGCAUUGAUUGCAUGGGGAAUGACUUUUGCAGUUAGCAUAUUUAGGCUCGUAGAAAGGGUAGGUGGUCGAGAAGAGGCCGAAUAA